GGCUCCGAAGGGGAGGCAGGACGAAAGAAAAAACAAAACUAAACAAACCGAGGAAGGGCAACGGCUGUGUUUUGUGGACGGCGCUUUCCCAGACAGUCCAGUACGACCCGGCUCCGGCCGCCGUGGACGCGAUGUUCCGUCAGACCCUGAAUCGUUUGUGUGCUGGAGAAGAGAAACGAGUUGGUACACGCACAGUGUUUGUUGGCAAUCAUCCAAUUUCAGGAACAGAAGCUUUUAUUGCACAAAGAUUUUGUGAUAAUAGAAUAGUUUCAUCUAAGUAUACACUUUGGAAUUUCCUCCCAAAGAAUCUGUUUGAACAGUUUAGAAGAAUUGCAAAUUUUUAUUUUCUCAUCAUUUUCCUUGUACAGGUCACAGUAGACACACCAACUAGCCCAGUCACCAGUGGACUUCCACUGUUUUUUGUUAUAACUGUUACAGCCAUAAAGCAGGGAUAUGAAGACUGGCUUAGACACAGAGCUGACAAUGAAGUCAACAAGAGUACUGUUUACAUUAUUGAAAAUGCAAAACGAGUGAGAAAAGAAAGUGAAAAAAUCAAGGUUGGUGAUGUAGUAGAAGUGCAGGCAGAUGAAACCUUUCCCUGUGAUCUUAUUCUUCUAUCAUCCUGCACCACUGAUGGAAUCUGUUAUGUCACUACAGCCAGUCUUGAUGGGGAAUCCAAUUGCAAGACACACUAUGCAGUAAGGGAUACCACUGAAUUGUGUACAGCUGAAUCCAUUGAUAGCUUGCGAGCAGCAAUUGAAUGUGAACAGCCUCAACCUGACCUCUACAAGUUUGUUGGGCGAAUCAAUAUCUAUAGUAACACUCUUGAGGCUGUUGCCAGAUCAUUGGGACCUGAAAAUCUCUUGCUGAAAGGAGCUACACUAAAAAAUACUAAGAAGAUAUAUGGAGUUGCUGUUUACACUGGAAUGGAAACCAAAAUGGCUUUGAACUACCAGGGAAAAUCUCAGAAACGUUCUGCUGUUGAAAAAUCUAUUAAUGCAUUUCUGAUUGUGUAUUUAUUUAUCUUACUGACCAAAGCUGCGGUAUGCACUACUCUAAAGUAUGUGUGGCAAAGUACCCCACACAAUGAUGAACCUUGGUAUAACCAAAAGACUCAGAAGGAACGGGAAACUUUGAAGGUUUUGAAAAUGUUCACUGACUUCUUAUCAUUUAUGGUUCUCUUCAACUUUAUCAUUCCUGUCUCCAUGUAUGUCACAGUAGAAAUGCAGAAAUUCUUAGGUUCCUUCUUCAUCUCAUGGGAUAAGGACUUUUUUGAUGAAGAAAUUAAUGAAGGAGCCUUGGUUAACACAUCAGAUCUUAAUGAAGAACUUGGUCAGGUGGAUUAUGUAUUUACAGACAAGACUGGAACACUCACUGAAAAUAGCAUGGAAUUUAUUGAAUGUUGUAUAGAUGGGCACAAAUACAAAGAUGCAACUCAGGAAGUUGAUGGAUUGUCUCAGACUGAUGGACCUUUAACAUAUUUUGACAAAGCAGAUAAGAACCGAGAAGAGCUCUUUCUGCGUGCCUUGUGCUUAUGUCACACUGUAGAAAUUAAAAUAAAUGAUACUGUUGAUGGAACUACAGAAUCAGCUGAAUUAACCUAUAUCUCCUCCUCACCAGAUGAAAUAGCUUUAGUCAAAGGAGCUAAAAAGUACGGGUUCACAUUUUUAGGAAAUUGGAAUGGACAUAUAAGAAUAGAGAACCAAAGAAAAGAAAUUGAGGAGUAUGAACUUCUCCAUACCUUAAAUUUUGAUUCUGUUCGCCGACGUAUGAGUGUAAUUGUGAAGACUCAAGGAGGAGACAUACUUCUUUUUUGUAAAGGAGCAGAUUCAUCAGUUUUUCCUAGGGUGCAAAACCAUGAAAUUGAGUUAACUAAAGCCCAUGUGGAACGUAAUGCAAUGGAUGGGUACCGGACACUCUGUGUAGCCUUCAAAGAAAUUACUCCAGAUGAUUUUGAAAGAAUUAAUAUACAGCUACUAGAGGCAAAAAUGGCCUUACAAGACAGAGAAGAAAAAAUGGAGAAGGUUUUUGAUGAUAUUGAGACAAACAUGAAUUUAAUUGGAGCUACUGCAGUGGAAGACAAGCUACAAGAUCAAGCUGCAGAAACCAUCGAAGCUCUGCAUGCAGCUGGCCUGAAAGUCUGGGUGCUUACUGGGGAUAAGAUGGAGACAGCCAAGUCCACGUGCUAUGCCUGUCGCCUUUUCCAAACCAAUACUGAGCUUUUGGAACUGACCACAAAAACCAUUGAAGAAAGUGAAAGGAAAGAAGAUAGGUUACAUGAAUUAUUAAUAGAAUAUCGUAAAAAGCUUCUGAAUGAAUUUCCUAAGGGCCCCAGAAGCCUUAAAAAAGCAUGGACAGAGCAUCAGGAAUAUGGAUUAAUCAUCGAUGGCUCUACAUUGUCACUCAUACUAAAUUCUAGUCAAGAUUCUAGUUCCAACAACUAUAAAAGCAUUUUUCUACAAAUAUGUAUGAAAUGUACUGCGGUGCUCUGCUGCCGGAUGGCACCAUUACAGAAAGCCCAGAUUGUCAGGAUGGUGAAAAACUUGAAAGGCAGUCCAAUAACACUGUCGAUAGGUGAUGGUGCCAAUGAUGUCAGUAUGAUCUUGGAAUCCCAUGUGGGCAUAGGUAUUAAAGGCAAAGAAGGCCGCCAAGCAGCCAGGAAUAGUGAUUAUUCUGUACCAAAGUUUAAACAUUUAAAGAAACUGCUUUUGGCUCAUGGACAUCUAUACUAUGUGAGGAUAGCACAUCUUGUACAAUAUUUCUUCUAUAAGAACCUUUGUUUCAUUUUGCCACAGUUUUUGUACCAAUUCUUCUGUGGAUUCUCACAACAGCCCCUCUAUGAUGCUGCUUAUCUCACAAUGUAUAAUAUCUGCUUCACAUCCCUGCCCAUUUUGGCCUAUAGUCUACUGGAACAGCACAUCAACAUCGACGCUCUAACCUCAGACCCUCGAUUGUAUAUGAAAAUUUCAGGAAAUGCUAUGCUACAGUUGGGGCCCUUCUUAUAUUGGACAUUUCUUGCUGCCUUUGAAGGGACAGUAUUCUUUUUUGGGACUUACUUUCUUUUUCAGACUACAUCCCUUGAAGAAAACGGAAAGGUUUAUGGAAAUUGGACUUUUGGAACCAUUGUUUUUACAGUCUUAGUAUUCACUGUAACUCUGAAGCUCGCCUUGGAUACUCGAUUCUGGACAUGGAUAAAUCAUUUUGUGAUUUGGGGUUCUCUAGCCUUUUAUGUAUUUUUCUCAUUCUUCUGGGGAGGAAUUAUUUGGCCUUUCUUGAAACAACAGAGAAUGUAUUUUGUAUUUGCUCAAAUGUUGUCUUCUGUAUCUACAUGGCUGGCUAUAAUUCUUCUAAUAUUUAUCAGCCUUUUCCCUGAGAUUCUUCUGAUAGUAAUAAAGAAUGUAAAAAGAAGAAGUGCUAGGAGAAAUCUGAGCUGUAGAAGGGCAUCUGACUCAUUAUCCGCCAGACCUUCAGUCAGACCUCUUCUUUUACGAACAUUCUCAGACGAAUCUAAUAUAUUGUAACAGAAUCCGAAUGUUGAACUGCCUAUGUUAUUGUCCUACAAGUAUAUUGACCAUGGUUGCAGCUAAAAAGCAUGAAGGAACAACGACAAAAAUUAUCAUCUCAGGAUACUCAAUAUGCAACAAAAACAAAAUCAUUCUUGUGUGUAGGGUUCAGAAUAAAUGUACACUAUAAUACCAAAUGACUGCUAAGCAUUUGCAAUUGUAAUAGCCAUUAUGGCAAAAGCUGUAAGUUAAUAAGAAUUAAUAUAAAAGUUGAAAGUAAGAAUACUUAGAAUUCUGGCUUUAGAUAAAAUAAUGUAAAACUACCAAAUGGGUGCUCAUUUAACCCAUUGACUUUGUGAAUGGAUUUAAAUACAGUAGUAUGAAGUAGAAGUCAUGUAAUGGGAAUGAAGAGAUUAUGCUAAUGCAGUAUUACUUUUUUGCCUGGCAGAAUGCAUAAGCUGUUUGUGUCACAGUUGUCAUUCCUUACUAAAUAAUUAUUUUUAACUAGCUUUUCAAACAAAAGGAAUACUUGAAAAUCAGAAGGAAAAUGAUAUCAAUGUAUUAAACAGAAUAGUUCAUCUUCUGUACAACCACAGGCUAAUUGCCUUGUUAGAAUAUCCCUGCAAAAAAAAGUACUUUGAACACUUUCUGUGCAAACUAUCCCCUCUGGAUAUUAUAAAGGUCAUUUUGUCUGUAUUUUUCUUAAUCAUCAUUUAUGGAUAUAAGACUAAUAGAGCUGAAAAUAAAACAUUUCAGUCAUUUAAUAGCCCCUCAAAAUAGUUAGGCAAUAGGCAGAUGUUUCUAAUGUCUCUUUUACUAGUAUCUGAGGUAAGCUAGGUAAAUUAUACAAAUUAAAGGCCAUUCAUUGGCCUUUCAUAAUUUUGUGUGGAAAAUAGCAGAAGAAAAAGAAAAGUUUAUUUUAAACUACUAACGGUUUAUUUAAAAGAAGGUUGUGUUUGUACAUAUAUGCUGCACUUUUUUUAAGUGGCCAAAUUGGGAAGAGGAGAGAUCCAUCCCAAGGUGGUUCUGUCUGUAAGAGCCAUGACUGCAAACAAGAAUGUUGUCUCCUGAAGCUCACUGGAUGAGUGGAGUAGUCUAAUUCCAAACCAUGAUAUUGAUCAUAUUAAAUACUCAAUUUGCCUGACUAGAAAGUCUUACCCUUCUAAUGAGUUCACUUAAAACAAAAUAAAAUGUGAAAUAUCUUUAUUUAAUAAAAGAACCAUAUUUGACUGCUAGACGAAAAUGGUCUUUAAGAAAUAUUUUUCUAUUAGUUUCCAUUUUUGUCUUUGUAGCAUGUGUGUACUACUUAGUGUUUAUAUUGUACCUUGAUUUCGGAAAGUAUUGGAUUCAUUCUAUUCCAGUGUAUUUAUAUAGUCCGUAUGGCACAUUUGAUUCUUUCAUAUAUAUGUAUAUAUUAUGUUAAUAUUUAGGUGUAAUUUUUCUUGAAUUCAAAAGGUCAUAAUUUCAGUCAUCAGAAACCAGUCCAUAAUUACUUAAUAAUUUAACUUGUUCUCGUCUGUCAGUAUUAUUUUUGAGUAUUUUGUUAGGUGUCAUUCACAGCUUACCUAAGUUUGCUGUGCUCUGGUAUCCUGUAUUUGAGGUGAUCUGCUGAUGGCAAAGUCUUUCUUUUCUUUGCCUGUUCCAAAGAGCUAAAAAGUAUAAUCCAGGAAAGGUUUCCUGUUUUGCUGUUAUUAUUAUAGUUGUUGCUAUAUUGUUAUAGUUACUGUUACUGUUUUACAUCAGAACUAUAGGGACUGUGAAUACAAAUAAUCGAGCCAAAAUAGAGAGGCUUGAUUAAUGUGGAACUAUGAAAGAGUUGACAUAGCAUAUCUAAGAUAAUAGAAAUAAAAGUGGGUGCAUGUGACAUAUGUUGCUGCCAGAGAGAAAUCUGAAUGCGAAAUAAGGAGUAGAGUCAUGUCCCAGCUUCACAGUACACUGUGCAGUGCACCUCAAAUCAGAAUGACAGCAAUGUGUAAUUAUCACAGCUUGGAUCUUCAAAAGGAGCCUAGCUUUGUCUUUUGAAGGAUAUUUUUAUCGAUGGUCUAAGAAACGGCUGGCAUGAGGUUAGCAAAUAAAGUAACUUGAAAUGAGCCACCCACUAUUCCUAGCACUGCAGUGUAACUACUGUUAAAACAAAAGAGGGAAGGAAAUGUAACAAUAGGACCAUAUUCCAAUCAUUUGAAUAAUUUUGAUCUAUCAAAAUAUCCUUGUAAUUUCAUCAAUGGAUGUCUAUUGUUUGAGGAUGUUGCCUAUUAAACUGAAAAUAUUCAUUCCAUAUCUGCCACAUAUACACCAGCAACAAUAUAAAUGUAAGCCUGAAUUUGCAAAAUUCAUAAUUUAGUGAUGGAAUUUUUUAAUAACAUGUAGUAAAUAAAUGCAGAUUUUAUGCAGAUGUUGACAAAAUCAUUUUUUCAGCUUAUAAAUAGAACUGCAAUAUUACAUUUUUCACUUAAGCAAUUUUUUACAUCUACUAUUUUGCUUUCUAAAAUGAAUGUGAAUGCCAUCUUUUAUGAAUGCAA